CGAUGUUGUUGAAGGUUUCCGGUUCUGUUCUGAUGGCUUCGAAGUGGAUUCAGAAGGAGUUGAAUGACCUGCAUAAGGAUCCGCCGACAUCGUGCAACGUCUCAUUCCGCACCAAAGUUUUUCAUCCAAACAUUAAUAGCAACGAAAACAUACGCCUAGACAUUCUCAAGGAGCGGUGGAGUCCUGCUCUCACCAUAUCAAAGGUUUUAAUAUCGAUCUGGUUCCUUUUGACUGACCCGAACCUGGGUGACCCACUCGUGCCAGAUAUCGCUCAUAUGUAUUCGACCGAUAGAGCGAAAUAUGAAACAAUUGUUCGAUCUCGGACCCAGAAAUAUGCCAUGGGAUGAGAAUAUGUGUUGCAAUGGUGGCAUAUUUUUAGGCACCAAAACUUCGGUUUAACGUCAAAAGUUGUUCAAUGACUACUAAACUUUCAAUGAGCGUAAUGUUAAGAUG